CUUCAUCUUCCUAUCCUAUUGUUGCCCCGUCGUCUUCCGCCACAUCUUCAUCACCUUUUCUUGGAGGCCAUGUGGAAGCUAAUAGAAAUGUCCAGGGCACAUCGAUGCUACCAGGCUCUCAAGAUGCUCAGACUUCUUUCCAUCAGGCAAGCAUGCCUGCAAUGCUCCAGAAUCAACAAUCAUAUUUCCCCGUUGGGUUGCACAGCCAACCAAAUGUGCAGCUGAGCUUCAGUGGCGCAACUCUUGGGAACCUAUCUGAAACUCCUGCUCCCUUUCUGCCGACUGGCCCAGGCGAUCCAGAUGAUCCGAACCUUGCCUUUUCUACUGUAGAUCCAGGCUGGUCCUUUAUUCCGUUUCAGGACGUACCUGACCUCUGGGAGUGAGACCAUAUGAACUUUGUCGUGAUUGCAUACUUCGGUCUUGGAACUACACACUUGACUGUUUAGCCACUCCAUCUUGAAUCAUAUAAUUCCGUGCAGAUCACCCGUUCCUGUGCUUUCUUGAUACAAUUUCUCUUAAUUUUUUUGGCAAUU